AUAAAAUGGGUGUGGUUGAAUCGAGCAUUUGUGAUGCGACGUGUUUCUGGUGCAAACCGAAUGAUUUCACAGGGGACUGAGUUGACAGCAGAGUGAGCACACAUUAUUUGAAUUAUUUAGAAAACAACUGUACUGUUACUUAUGCAGAAUUCACCCCGCCUCUUAUUCUGGCACAGUUAUAUGUGAACUGAUGGGUGGGUUAAAUGCUUCUCCGGAGAGAUAGCCAAGUCGAUCGCGGUUACUUUGUUUUAUUUUAAUCUGUGUAUUUGAAGCCUAUUUGUCUUUUCUUUUUUUUUCUUUCUUCUUUUUUUUUUUUUUUUUUUUUUUUUCUGUGGAAGAGGAGGCGACGGUCAAAACGAAACGGGAAAGACAGAGGAAGGAGACACUUGGGAGGAAAGAGGCGAGGAUCAAGCGACGCAAUAUACAGACAACGACGGUAUUUGCUCAGUUUGCAAGCUUUACUGUUUACUUGACGAUAUAUCACCUCACAGGGGCUCAAAAAGUCGUUUCAGAAGCAAGAUGUGCUGGAAUCAGGAAUAACUGUGUGUUAAAGGCUCUCCCCCAUCCUCUCUAAACGAUCGGAGGACGAAAUAGUGGCUUCAUGUUUCACGAUAACAUCGUUUUGAUGAAACGGAGUCGCUGAGGCCUAAACAAACACCAGGAAAUAACGAAGAGUAUGUUCAUGCAGUCCUAAUCAUUUUUCCACAGAAACAUUCCCUGUGAAUUACUUCCGCCACGCGCUACAGCACUUACAGGACGUGGAGACUAAAAGUCAAACAGGAAGAUUAACAGGUGUCUGAGGGGGUGAGAGAGAUCAGAGGGUAAAGGUUAAAGGUAAUUUCAAGAUGAGUGAGCUCGAGCAGCUUCGACAGGAGGCUGAGCAACUGCGGAAUCAGAUCAGAGAUGCCAGGAAAGCAUGUGGAGACUCCACACUCACUCAGAUUACUGCAGGACUGGACCCGGUAGGGCGAAUAAAGAUGAGUACGAGGCGCACACUGCGUGGGCAUUUGGCUAAAAUCUACGCCAUGCAUUGGGGCACAGACUCCAGGCUUCUUGUUAGUGCCUCACAGGAUGGAAAACUCAUCGUCUGGGACAGCUACACUACAAACAAGAUUCAUGCCAUCCCAUUACGGUCAUCAUGGGUGAUGACAUGCGCAUAUGCGCCAUCCGGAAACUUUGUGGCCUGUGGCGGUCUGGACAACAUUUGCUCUAUAUACAGUUUAAAGACAAGAGAGGGCAAUGUUAGAGUCAGCCGAGAGCUGCCUGGACACACAGGUUACCUUUCCUGUUGCCGUUUCAUUGAUGACAAUCAAAUUAUCACGAGUUCAGGAGACACAACCUGUGCUCUGUGGGACAUAGAGACCGGUCAGCAGACGACGCUGUUCUCGGGUCACAGCGGUGAUGUAAUGAGCCUGUCGCUGGCUCCAGACUCGCGGACCUUUAUCUCUGGGGCCUGUGAUGCCUCGAUUAAACUCUGGGACAUCAGAGACAGCAUGUGCAGACAGACGUUCACUGGUCACGAGUCAGACAUCAACGCUGUCUGUUUCUUUCCCAGUGGCAGUGCAUUUGCAACAGGUUCAGAUGACGCCACCUGCAGGCUGUUUGACCUGCGUGCCGAUCAGGAGCUGUGUUUAUACUCCCAUGAUAAUAUCAUCUGUGGCAUCACCUCUGUGGCCUUCUCCCGCUCUGGCCGCCUGCUACUCGCUGGCUAUGAUGACUUUAACUGCAACAUCUGGGAUGCCAUGAAGGGAGACCGAGCAGGUGUGUUGGCUGGCCAUGACAAUCGUGUGAGCUGUCUUGGGGUGUCAGAUGAUGGCAUGGCUGUGUCUACAGGUUCUUGGGACAGCUUCCUCAAGAUCUGGAACUGACAACACACAUGCACUGCUCACUUAUCUUACACAGUAUUCACUUCUCAUACACACUGUAUGCACAGUAUGUACUUUACUGUACAUAUAAUGUACACUUACCUACACAUAUUCACAUGCCUGACAAGGACAAAAACUGUACAUACUAUAUAUAAUGGCAAUUAGUUAUACGUUUACACCAAAUCUUUUCAGUGCCACAUAAUUCUAUACAGUAUAUAUUGCGAGUCACACUGUAGGCAAGUUUGGACGAGUUUUAAACAGGAAUGUUUACACGCACAUAUUUGUUUCCCCUUAAGGUUUGCUGGACAUAUACAGUACUUACACAGUACCAUAACUGAAAGUGACAUAAGUGCACUUGGAGAAAUGUGUGUUGAGUUUCAGAUGCGUCUAAUUUGAGUGUACAAUCCAAAACAUUUUUCUUUUUAAACACCACUCUUACACUUAGCAUACUUUUGAUCAAGUGAUGGCAGGAGCACCAUUUAAGACUAUUCAUCUUAUUUUGCAUUUCUGGUCAUUCUGUCCUCAAUACUCAAAUAUAAGCCUUCGGUGCUGAUGUUUCCAUGAUGUAGAGUUUGAAAAAUGAAAGACGUGAGGCAGGGUGGAGUUAUCCAGCAGAAAUGUCCUAAUGACACAAAUCACACUUCAUGUAGUCAUGUUUUAUAGAUGCGUAUGCCGGCAUAUUACAGUAUAUAAGAUAUGAUGUUUGUCUUUAACUUUCAUGUUCAUAUUUUACAUUUUUUAAAUGCUUAUUUUAUUAAUGUUUCCCUGUGUGCCACACCCUAAGGAGAAUAAAGAAAACAAAACAAA